AUGUUUGAUCAUAUGAUAAACGAACUUGUGUCUAUCAAUCUUUGGCGCUUUAAGAAAUUUGGCCGUUGGAUUGGAGUGUGCGUUUUGCUAGUUAUCUUGACUGGUGCUAGUGAACCAGAUGUGGGGGCUCUGGAAUCUUUGCCGGAUUCAAAAACAGUACAUCUCCUUUUAGAGUCAAUUGGAUUUACCUUUGAGAAUGGGAAGAAAAGACAUGUUCCGUUGUUUAGUUGGAUUAGACUUCCUACCCUUCCACCGAUCGUGAAUAUUACGCCGCAUGUAUCUUACGAACAGCCAGCACUUAUUGCAGCCGAGGAUCAACCGCUGGCCCAUGUUGAGAUUCUUCUAAAUACACCCACUUAUGAAGUAGAAUAUCUUGAUCGUGAUAUACGCUUUCAACUACCUAAAUAUACUGAUGUGGAAGAAGCAAAGCGCGCUCUAGCAGCUUUGAGAAAGAUUGCGGUUCUUAGAACUGAUCUUAUUCACAUCACCUGCGCGGCUGGCAACCCAAAGUGCCACCAGAUAAACCAGCAGAUUUUAUCUCGAGUUCUCAACAUGGUUGAUGUUGGCUUGAUAUUUAUCCAUUUAUGCACUGAACUAGGCAAAGAAGAGUAUGUCAGCCAGAUCGAUUUGGCCGCCUGCCAAGCAGAAGCACAAAACACACUGGAGCAUGCUACUUAUAAGGUAAAAGAACAGUUCUUCCUGUCGACUUUAGCGCACGAUACGCUUCCAGAUACUAUUUGUCCUGGUAUUACUAUCUUGCGACCCAUUUCCAAUAUUACUUUCUUAAAUGGUCAAUCCUAUAAUACUUCUUGUCUUAGCCAGUUAUCUCUCGAAGCCAAUUAUACUCUUAUCUUUUCGGUCUUGCCUAGGAAUGCCAGUAUUAAUCUUAAGGUCCUCCAAACGUCUCCUUCCACGUGCAAACAGAUCACUAUUGAAAGUGAUCCAGGCACCCAACUAGCAAUAUCCGGUCUUGAAUCUGCUAGGGAUAGGCAUCCGCAAAUAUGUUUGAAGGCAUCAUGGGACCUUUUGCAGUAUCUGGCCGUGAACAACGAAUCUAUAAUCAGCGUUCAUUCCAUUAGUAAACUUCCAAUUACCCAAGACUCGAUGCUCGCAAUGCUUCAGUCCACCCCAAACCAGACAGCUACACGGUCCCAAAUCGAUGCUGUUAACAUCACUUACAGUAUUGCCACUAAGAUGCCAUGUGGUCCUCUUGAUUACUACAGACAAACAUACAAUUCAGAAACUCUGGCUAAACAUGGCAUUAUAGUCAGCAAUGUUCGGUUAGAAUAUGCAAAAGGACGAUGCGACUUGUAUAACACUUUAGAAGCGCUUUGUGGGCUUGAUGAAUGCUUGGUGGUACCCAACGUAAUCGAAGAUGAGGGUAUUGUAUGUUGUGGCGAGCGGCUGAGCCAGCCAUGGAAACCUAAAUGGGAUCUUAUUAUUCAGCUUGAUUCUCCCCACAUUCCCGCUAGCAUCAAGUACUAUUACCAGUUGUGCGCCUGCUUCUGCCAGAAUAUACACUAUCCCACCAUCUAUCUUAAUGGAGCCAAAACACCAAUCCAAAACCGGGUCGAAACCUGCAUUGACAUUCUAACUAUCUUUCAGGGCAUCACUGCCGAUAAACUUUACAUUUCUAAUAUCCGCAAUACUGAUGAAAAGACCUCAAAGUUCAGUGUAGCAGCUUUAAACUAUAAGGCGGCCAAAUACACUAAGUGGAACCUCAAUGUCGAAACGUUAGUGCUAGAUAAUGUCGAUGACCAUAUUAUUUACUGGAUGCUAGGCCACUACAACUUUACUAAGCGCACCGAGGUACAUAUUUUAAAUGAAAGAUUCACUAGCCUUGCUAUCGCCCAAGUGCUUUCCCUUCCAGUAGGCAACCAGAUUACAACACUCUUGAUCAAUGGCUUCGCCGGCUUAAAUGAAGUUAAACACGCCAACAACCCAGAGGAAAUCAAGGGAUUCUCGCUCUUCAAAUACAUAGAGGCCAAACAACGAGAAGGCCUGACCAUCAAAGAUCUUGGUUUACACAAGCUGUCUUUACAAGUGAGCGAUCAGGAAUUUGAGUCAUAUCGUGGCGCCUUGUCAGUGCUUCUUCUUUCCUACGGUCUCUACCCAUGUGAGAUGCUAUUUGACCAAUACAUUGAAUUCGACUCUUCUACUAAAGGCAUAGCACUGGAUAGGACAAGGUUUACUCUUCGUGGUGUCACUUUAAUUCGGAUAAAGUCUGAUUUCACCCACCGCCAAACUAAAGCCAAGGCCCAUGCGCAGUCCCACCCUAACCCGCCACAGCAGAACCCAAUGUCAAAGGGAACUGUUCUGGAGCUGGUCUUAUAUUUCUACGACACCCCACUAUUAACCGAAGCUGAUUUAGUAACUAUUAUUCGGUGGGUGGGUUGUCGAUUUAAAGGCCUGGUUGCUUUGCGGUUAGAGAAUAGUAACAUGUCGAGCGAGGCGCGGGCUAUAGUUGCUUCACGUCACUAUUGGAUUGAUGGGCUGAAUAUGCUCAAUAAGAUUCAAAUACAGAGUCCGAACUCAACGGCGCCAUUUAUUGAAAUCCCAAUUCAACUGUAUCGCAACAGUCUUCUAGCGACUGUUUCUAACCCAGUAUCCGAAUUUACUGCCGUGUCACUUACAAUGCUACGCCGGCUUUAUAACGAUCCAAAGCUACUCGAACUCUUCACUCCCGACCGCAUUAACCACAGUGCCUCGUUUCAAAUGAUUCUAACCCAGCUUAGAGAGACUAAAGAAAGCAUGUAUAUUGUGUGCUCGAUUUGUUAUAAGGAUAUUAGUGAUCCACCAGUGGAGGAGAAAGAGGAAGAUCUAGAUACUAAGAAAUCUGGCGAUGCAUUUGAUUCCAAGUAUAAUUUCGCAACCCUUUGCUAUCUUAAAUGUAGACACCCACUCUGUGAUAAGUGUGCGAUUCGACUUCAAAGAGACAUGGUGUACAACUGCACAAGUUGCAAACAAAAAGAGGCGUACGAUAACAUUCAUCAGCUUUUAAGCAUACCUUUAUCUAAUUUUGUUCUGGCCGAGGACAGCACCGACUUGCCGACAGGUAACAUUGAUUGGCUCAAAGACAUGGCAUUGCCUGAUCAGCAUGUUUAUUUCUACCUUGCUUAUCCAGAUUUCGCCACCCUUUGCGCAUAUCUUGAGAAAGAACCAGACCAAGACCUUCGCCAAAUCCAUAUCAUUUGUGCAAAUCUAACAUGA